AUGACACAGACUGGUCCGGCUUCCUCGCUAGCGCUACUCGUCUUCGUCGUUUCCACACGAGGUGGGCUUAGUGACGGCCCCCACUCACUCAAAGAGCCGCCGGAUGCGGCGCCGUCACUGGUAUCGUCGCUGGCGUCUGCCAACAGGGCGCGCUUUGGAGCGCUGCGUGGGCGCGGCGGCAUUUGGGUCCGUUGGCGCCACGAAUUUGCUGGAGGGGGGGUUGUGUGUGAGGGGUAUACGCAGAGUAUACGCUGUACCCAGUUCGGAUAUGGAAGAUAUCAGCAAAUCCUAGCAAAUCCGAAGAUAACACAUGAUUUGCUGGGAGUAGGAUGCUCCCUGUCUGGCAAAAUACUCACUCUCUUAAAAAAAGUUUUUGCUUUGUUAAAUACCCUCUCAGUCGUUAUACCAUUACUUUCUCGAGUGUUGUUGCUACUUAAGUAG